GCGGCGGCGGCUCCUCUUUGCAGAGGUGGAAACUCCGAGGGAUAAGAGCAAAGAAUAAUGCGGUAGGCUAGGCGGGCUGCUCGCUCCCGGCUCCGGCAAGCAGCGGCAGCAGCCCAAGCAGCGGCAGCAGCAGCAGCGGCAGCACCGUCAGGCGCUGACAGCCCCGCCGGCCGGCUCCCUCGCUGACCGCCGACUGUCAAUGGAGCUGGAAAACAUCGUGGCCAACACGGUCUUGCUGAAAGCCAGGGAAGGAGGCGGAGGAAAGCGCAAAGGGAAAAGCAAGAAGUGGAAGGAAAUCCUGAAGUUCCCUCACAUUAACCAGUGUGAAGACCUCCGAAGGACCAUAGACCGAGAUUACUGCAGUUUAUGUGACAAACAGCCAAUCGGGAGGCUGCUUUUCCGGCAGUUCUGCGAAACCAGACCUGGGCUAGAGUCUUACAUUCAGUUCCUGGACUCAGUGGCAGAAUAUGAAGUUACUCCAGAUGAAAAACUGGGAGAAAAAGGGAAGGAAAUUAUGACCAAGUACCUCACCCCAAAGUCCCCAAUUUUCAUCACCCAAGUUGGACGGGACCUGGUCUCUCAGACGGAGGAGAAGCUCCUUCAGAAACCCUGCAAAGAACUCUUCUCGGCCUGCGUCCAGUCUGUCCACGACUACCUGAGGGGAGAACCCUUCCACGAGUACCUGGACAGCAUGUAUUUUGAUCGCUUUCUCCAGUGGAAGUGGUUGGAAAGGCAACCGGUAACCAAAAACACUUUCAGGCAGUACCGAGUACUAGGAAAAGGGGGCUUUGGGGAGGUCUGUGCCUGCCAGGUUCGGGCCACGGGUAAAAUGUACGCCUGCAAACGCUUGGAGAAGAAGAGGAUCAAAAAGAGGAAAGGGGAGUCCAUGGCCCUGAAUGAGAAGCAAAUUCUGGAGAAGGUCAACAGUCGGUUUGUGGUCAACCUGGCCUAUGCCUAUGAGACCAAGGACGCACUGUGUUUGGUCCUGACCAUCAUGAACGGCGGGGACCUGAAGUUCCACAUUUACAACAUGGGGAACCCUGGCUUCGAGGAGGAGCGCGCCCUGUUCUACGCGGCAGAGAUCCUGUGCGGCCUGGAGGACCUCCACCAUGAGAACAUUGUCUACAGAGACUUGAAACCUGAAAAUAUCCUGUUAGACGAUUACGGCCACAUUAGGAUUUCGGACCUGGGCCUGGCCGUGAAGAUCCCCGAGGGAGACCUGAUCCGCGGCCGGGUGGGCACCGUUGGCUACAUGGCUCCAGAGGUCCUGAACAACCAGAGGUACGGCCUGAGCCCCGACUACUGGGGUCUGGGCUGCCUCAUCUACGAGAUGAUCGAGGGCCAGUCGCCCUUCCGCGGCCGCAAGGAGAAGGUAAAGCGGGAGGAGGUGGACCGCCGGGUGUUGGAGACGGAGGAGGUGUACUCGCACAAGUUCUCCGAGGAGGCCAAGUCCAUCUGCAAAAUGCUGCUCACCAAAGAUGUGAAGCAGAGGCUGGGCUGCCAGGAGGAAGGGGCUGCGGAGGUCAAGAGACACCCCUUCUUCAGGAACAUGAAUUUCAAGCGCUUAGAGGCCGGGAUGUUGGAUCCCCCCUUUAUUCCAGAUCCCCGGGCCGUGUACUGCAAGGACGUGUUGGACAUCGAGCAGUUCUCCACCGUGAAGGGCGUCAACCUGGACCACACGGACGACGACUUCUACUCCAAGUUCUCCACGGGCUCUGUGCCCAUCCCAUGGCAAAGCGAGAUGAUAGAAACAGAGUGCUUUAAGGAGCUGAACAUGUUCGGACCCCAUGGUACCCUCUCACCGGACCUGAACCGAAGCCACCCUCCAGAACCGCCAAAAAAAGGGCUGCUCCAGAGGCUCUUUAAGCGUCAGCAUCAGAACAAUUCCAAGAGUUCACCCAAUUCCAAGACCAGUUUUAACCACCACAUCAAUUCAAACCACGUGAGUUCAAACUCCACCGGAAGCAGCUAGUUGCAGCUCUGGCCUGAAGUCCACUGUGGGACCAGCCUGGACCCUUCUUCUUAGAAGCAGAAUUGCAACCAGAGGAGCUCCCACCCUGGCGGGCAGGCGGGGAAGCCCUCCAGGAGCCGGGGAAGGAGGCCGCCCACCCCUGAGAUGGGGAGCCUCCCAGUUCCUCAAAGAGAUUUCCACUCAGGUCUGUGUUUGGAGGCGGCCCUCGAGCCGAGAUGGAUUGGACGUGUCUCUGGCGAACAUUGCAAUAGAAAUCCAAUCGGAUACAACUUGCACGUAUUUUAAUA